UCACCUGCUUCUGGGAAAAUGGUUCACGGACAUUUCCUGGCUGUUUUCGUCUCUUUACUUCAUUUAGUUGCUGCAGAGAAUGUGAAAUAUGCCCUCCUGGGUCAGGCGGUCAUUCUGAAUCCACAAAUCAAGGCAUCUGGUGCAAAUAACUUCCUGUGGAAACACAACAGGGACAAAGUGGUGGAGUUUAAUAGAAACGAGCAGCUUGAGUACCCACCGUUUAAAGAUAGGAUCACAUUGGACUGGCACACUGCAGCGCUGGAGAUCACCGACCUCAGAUACGAAGACAGUGGAGACUAUGAACUGGGGGUGUUUGUGAAGAAAGAAUUCACAUCUUUCCCUUUCAAACUGAAGGUCAUUGGUAAAGUAUCCAAACCUUCCAUAUCCUGUGAGAUAGAAGACGCCAGCUCUGAUGAAUCUGGAAACCGGGCCUCACUGAAAUGCUCUGCAGAAUCCAGCCGUUCUGAGUCCUUAAUGAAGUUUGAAUGGAGCUGGCGUGGCAGCAUGCAGCCCGGCCCAAAUUUAACAAUCCCUCUGGGGGAUGAGAAUGAUGAGGAAGAGUACAGUUGUACUGUGAGCAACCCGAUGUCCAGAGAGACGACGACUUUCUCUGCAAGGAGCUGCUACUCUGAGACGAGUUUAACUGGGAUCAUUGUCGGGUGUGUCGUUGCUGUCCUUCUGGUGGUUUUGCUGCUAUUCCUGAAACGAAGACGACGUAAACCAGAACAAAACAGAAGUGACCCUGAACAAAAUCCUUUACUGAAUACACAGCCCACCUCUCAGUCUCUUCCACAACCAGCAGGCUUUGCUGAAGAGAACGACGACACAGAGUCGGUUGAUGUGAAGAAAACGACACAAAAUUUUCAAGAGAUGAUCGAUGAGCAUGAGAAUUCCACUCCUGCUAAACCUCCUGGUCUUGCUAAAGUUUUGUCUCCAUCGAAAUUGAACUUUUCAGUCACAUCUCAAGAGGGUGGCAUCGAUAAACAGAACAAAGAAAACAACUUGGAUCAAGUCAGUGGAGAACUUCCACAAAACCCUGCUGGAGAGUCGAGCUUGGAGGACAAAAAACAGUCGGACGAGGAAAACAGAAGUGACCCUGAGCAAAGAACUUUAAAUGGUGGACUUUCCACCUCUCAGUCUCCUCUGCAAUCCCCAGACUGUGCUCAAGAGGAUGACGACACAGAGCCAGAUAAAGGCAUCAAUUCUCCUUAUGGUAAACCACCUCAUGCUCCCACACCACCGUCUCCACCUGCACCGGACUCUUCAAACAUAGCUGAUGAGGGUGGCAUUGAUAAACACAAGGAAGACAACAACUCGGAUCAAAUCACUGGAAAACUUCCACAAAACCCUGCUGGAGAGUCGAGCUUGGAGGAAGGAAAACAGCAGACGGAGGUUCUCCAAGGGUCAAAACCUGAAAUCCCUCAUAUAGGUAUUGAUAUCCCAAAUGGUGCAGAUACAGCAGCUGCUAAUCAGGCAGAAAAGGACAACACUGUGUCUAACAGUCAGUCAACCAGCGACAACGAGGCAAGUGACACAAAAGAGAAACCUGCUGGUCAACAAGAGGACCAGGUCCCUGUAAAUCCAACACCUGGAGACGCCAAAGACUCAGAGAUGAGUCUGGCUGCUGAUGGAGUCGGAGAAUCUUCAACAGAGACGCAAACUUCAGGACAGAUAGAAAAUGAACCCGACCCAGAGAACAGCAAACAAGAAGAGACAAAAAAUACUAAAGACGAUCAAGAAGAAAAUCAGCAGCCUGAGAGUCAACGAAGCUCAAGACAAGGAAGCCAUGACUCUUUAAAAUCAGCUGGUAUCUCUACUGAUGAAACUGACAAACAAGACAAAGUCAGUUCCAGGCGCAGCAGUCAGUCUGAGAAAAACUCCAAAGAGACUGGAGGAGAUGAAGGUGAAAGACAAGAUGAACAAAGAGACGCUGAUGCCAGUGAACAUGUUGAUAGUGCAAACUCAGAUAAAGUGAUCGAUUCUCCUCCUCCAGACAGUGGAGAACCUUCUCAAAACCCUGCUGGAGAGUCAAGCUUGGAGGAGAAAAUCCAGUCAGACGGAGGAAAGACAAGUGACCCUGAGCACAAAAGUAAUGCCAGCACAGAGCCAGGCCCUGGGAAAGAAGGUGCAGCAUCAAGCAGCGGUGCAGAGGGGACAGGCCCUGGGAAAGAAGGUGCAGCAUCAAGCAGCGGUCCAGAUGGGGCAGAUAAAGGCAUCAAUUCUCCUGGUAAACCACCUCAUACUCCCACACCACCGUCUCCACCUGCACCGGACCCUUCAAACACACCUGAUGAGGGUGGCAUCGAUAAACACAAGGAAGACAACAACUCGGAUCAAAUCACUGGAAAACCUCCACAAAACCCUGCUGGAGAGUCGAGCUUGGAGGAAGGAAAACAGCAGACGGAGGUUCUCCAAGGGUCAAAACCUGAAGUCCCUCAUAUAGGUGUUGAUAUCCCAAAUGGUGCAGAUACAGCAGCUGCUAAUCAGGCAGAAAAGAACAACACUGUGUCUGACAGUCACUCAACCAGUGACAACGAGGCAAGUGACACAAAAGAGGAACCUGCUGGUCAACAAGAGGACCAGGUCCCUGUAAAUCCAACACCUGGAGACGCCAAAGACUCAGAGAUGAGUCUGGCUGCUGAUGGAGUCGGAGACUCUCCAACAGAGACGCAAACUUCAGGACAGAUAGAAAAUGAACCCGACCCAGAGAACAGCAAACAAGAAGAGACAAAAAAUACUAAAGACAAUCAAGAAGAAAAUCAGCAGCCUGAGAGUCAACGAAGCUCAAGACAAGGAAGCCAUGACUCUUUAAAAUCAGCUGGUAUCUCUACUGAUGAAACUGACAAACAAGACAAAGUCAGUUCCAGGCGCAGCAGUCAGUCUGAGAAUAACUCCAAAGAGACUGGAGGAGAUGAAGGUGAAAGACAAGAUGAACAAAGAGACGCUGAUGCCAGUGAACAUGUUGAUAGUGCAAACUCAGUUUCAGAUAAAGCGAUCGAUUCUCCUCCUCCAGCCACUAGAGAACCUUCUCAAAACCCUGCUGGAGAGUCAAGCUUGGAGGACAAAAACCAGUCAGACGAAAAAAACAGAAGUGACAGUGCGCAAAAUCCUUCAGUGAAGAAGCAGCCGACCUCUAAGUCUCCUUCUGAAUCACCAGACAGUGCUCAACAGAAAGACAACACCGAGUCAGACCCUGGGAAACCAGAUCCAGCAUCAAGCAACGGUCCAGAUGGGGCAGAGCAAAACAGAAGUGACCCUGAACAAAAUCCUUUAAUGAAUACACAGCCCACCUCUCAGUCUCCUCCACAAUCAGCAGGCUUUACUGAAGAGAACGACGACACAGAGUCGGUUGAUGUGAAGAAAACGACACAAAAUUUUCAACAGAUGAUGGAUAAAGAGAGCAAUUCUCCUCCUGGUGAACCACCUCAUACUCCCAAACCUCCGUCUCCACCGGCACCGGACUCUUCAAACACACCUGAUGAGGGUGGCAUUGAUAAACAGAACAAAGAAAACAACUUGGAUCAAGUCAGUGCAGAACCUUCACAAAACCCUGCUGGAGAGUCAAGCUUGGAGGACAAAACCCAGUCAGACGAAAAAAACAGAAGUGACGGUGAGCAAAAUCCUUCAGUGAAUCAGCAGCCCACCUCUAAGUCUCCUUCUGAAUCACCAGACAGUGCUCAACAGAAAGACAACACCAAUUCAGGAACAGGAUCCAGCAUCUUGCGGUGGUUCAGAUGGGGCAGAUGAGUGGACCUAUUCCACUCCUCCUCGUUCUCCCGAACCAUCACCUCCACCGGCAACAGACUGUUCAAACACACCUGAUAAACAGAAGAAAGGAAACCACUUUGAUCAAGUCAGUGCAGAACUUACAAAAAACACAGAUGAAGAGUCAAGAUUGGAGGAAGAAAAACAGAAGAAAGACGUUCCUAAAGGGUCAAAAUGUGAAAACCCUCAUGUGGCUAUUCAGUUCCCAAAUGUUGCAGAUACAGCAGCUGCUAAUCAGGCAGAAAAGGACAAGAUUGUGUCUGGGGUGCUUUCACACCUACAGCAUUUGGCCCGCUUGAAGCAGACUAGAGUCCCCAACUCCUGCAGGUUCGGUUCGUAUGCGCUGGUGUGAAACCGGACCAGUUAGUUUUGGUCUGGGACAAAGAACCGAACCGAGACCUCCUCGAGGAGGCGGUCACGGUGCGGUCCGCUGCUGGUGUGAACGUUGACCGGCCUUGGUCCCGUCCGCUCUGUUGUGGAGAAGGCUUUUUGGUCGGCGAAGGCUUCCGUAGCGAGCCGCGCGGCGCAUCACGUCACACAUGCUGGCCAAUCAGGGUUCACUUCCAUCACCCAAAACACACUAUUGUGUAAACAGCGCCACCAAGGGGCAGGAGGGUCACAGUGGAUAGUUCAUCUGCAAAAACAAGUGGUGUGAAUGCGAACCGAACUAGUUGACAGCUGCGACGUUUAUGAAUAAUUUAUGUCUGAGCCGAACCACUCUAGCGGACUCGUAGGUGUGAAAGCACCCUACAGUCAGUCAACCAGUGACAGCGAGGCAAGUGAAACAAAAGAGGAACCUGCUGGUCAACAAGAGGACCAGGUCCCUGUAAAUCCAACACCUGGAGACGCCAAAGACUCAGAGAUGAGUCUGCCUGCUGAUGGAGUCGGAGACUUUCCAACAGAGACGCACACUUCAGGACAGACAGAAAAUUAAUCUGAGCUACAGAAAAUCGAAGAAGAAGAGAAACAAAAUCAUGAAGAUGAUCAAAAAGAAAGUCAGCAGUCUGGGAGUCCAUCAAGCUCAAAACAAGGAAGCCAUGACUCUUCCACAUCAGCUAGUUCCACGACUGAUGCAGCUGACAAACAAGACAAAGUCAGUUCCAGGCGCAGCAGUCAGUCCAAGAUUAACUCUGAAGGGACUGGAGGAGAUGAAGGUGAAAGAUAAAAUCAACAAAGAGACAUUGGUGACAGUGAACAUGGGGAUAGUGCAAACUCAGAUCAGAACGCUGAAACAUCUGACUUAGGGUGCUUUCACACCAACAGCAUUUGGUCCGCUUGAAGCGGACUAGAGACCCAAACUCCUGCAGGUUCGGUUCGUACGUGCUGGUGUGAAAGCAGACCAGUUA